GACGCGUGUGGCUUGUGACGUGUGUAGCGACUCGCGCGGGGAAACUGAUGUGAAGUUUAUCCUGCAGGAAGAAAGCUGAAAUAUAUAACCAAAAUUUGUCAUGUUUUCCUGCUAAUACACAACCUGUUUAAGUAAUAGAGGAUGCCUGUAACUCUGCAGUGUCCCGGUUAUCCUGAAGACACACUGCGCUCUCUUGCUGAAAAGCUGCCAUGCAGGGAGACACAGGUGACGUCACUGCUGUCACUCAUGGGCCAGCCAGAUCACUACAGUUAUCCAUCAGUUUUCAUCUAUGGCCACAGAGCAACAGGAAAAAGUCAUGUGGUGCUCACCAUCAUGAAGGAUCUGGAGCUUCCUCAUGCUUCUGUGGACUGUGUGGAGUGUGUGUCUGCUGGACUGCUGUUUCACCAGGUGUUGUCCGCCUUUUUCGGUCCAGAUGCUGCAGCUUUGCUUCCUCGUUGCCCGUCUUUGUCAGAUUUUGUACGCCUGUACAAACAGAUGAGCUCCAACACACCUGCUAAGCAGACACGCUAUAUAGUUCUGGACCGAGCUGAACGCAUGAGAGAUAUGGAUUUCAGUCUGCUUCCUGCACUUCUGCGCCUACAGGAACUGGCAAAUGAUAAUGUGACUGUCUUGCUCAGCGAAAUUGUAUGGGAGAAGUUUCGUCCUAACACUGGCUGCUUUGAACCACUGCUUUUUCUUUUCCCAGAUUACAGUAAAGUGGAGCUUGUGCAGAUUCUGUCUAAGGAUCAUCAUCCAUCCUACACUCCUGAGCUCUAUGCCUCCUACAUAAACAUGUUUCUGGGGGUUUUCUUCUCAGUGUGCAGGGAUCUAAGGGAGCUCAGGCACCUGGCUAUGCUGAAUUUCUCCAAGUUCUGUGAACCUUUGGAGAAAGGAGAAGCCAAAGAGAGUGAUAUUCACAAGUUAUGGAAGAACAUCGAGCCCCAUCUGCAGAGAGCCAUGCAGACAGUUUACCUCCGAGAGGUGUCCAGUGUACAGUGGGAGCAGCAGCAGAUGGACGAGAAGGAGGCCACAGCUCUCAGAGGUUUAUCGGCACAUGCUCACAUAGAGCUGCCAUAUUACUCCAAGUUUCUGCUGAUCGCUGCGUAUCUGGCAUCCUUUAACCCUGCACGCACAGAUCGACGCUUCUUCCUUAAAAGUCAUGGAAAAAUCAAAAAGACUAAUUUCUUGAAGAAACAUGAGAAGACUAGUAACCAUCUGUUGGGACCGAAGCCUUUUCCUCUUGACAGACUGUUGGCCAUUUUCUACAGUGUGGUUGAUAGCAGAGUUGCACCUACAGCCAGUAUCUUCUCACAGAUUUCAUCUCUAGUCACUCUGCAGCUUCUCUCUCAGGUGGGACAUGAUGACCAGCUGGACUCACCCAAAUACAAAUGUGCCGUUUCACUGGACUUCAUUCUGGCAAUAUCCAGAACCGUAAGUUUUGAUGUGGUGAAGUAUCUGUAUGACUUCCUGUAAAUCUGCUGGAGUGGAAAUCCAGAUCUGAUCGGACAAAACACUUGGAGAGCUUGAAUGGACUGAUGUUACAGGAACUUUCUGCAUUACUAGUCCAAUCAGAUGAUAUCAUAGAAAAAUACUCACAAUUUAUCCAAGGAUCUCCUUCUUCAAAGGGGAAUUUAAUGUGUGGCACACUGUAACUUAAUACUGGUGUAAUAAAAGCUGUAUAGUUUGUUAAAAUA